AUGUAUCCCCUUCUGCUGCAAGGCCACGACAGGCCCCUAACAUGGGUUCAGUUCAAUCGUGAUGGCGAUAUCAUGUUUACUUGCGGCAAGGAUGCGAAUUUGUCUCUCUGGCGUACCGAGGAUGGCAGACGCAUUGGCACAUACGACGUGGGAAAAGGUGUUGUCUGGUCGUGCGACUGCACUCUCGACUCGAAGCGAUUGAUUGCUGCCUCAGCCGACCAGAAGGUGCUCAUCUUCGACGUCUGCUCGGGAACGCUGUUGCACGAGAUACCUGAGCAGGGGCCUUGCAAAUUCGUGGAGUGGUGCCGCAUGCCCACGCAGCAGACGCGUUUUGUAGUCGCACACGAAAACUUUGGCGCACAGAGUGUGAAGUCAAUCAAAGUCUGGAAGGUGGACGGGGAAACUCCGAAGCGGCUGUGGGUACAAGAUGACUUUGCGGCUCGCUGCACGCAAGUGCAUUGGGGAGCGUUCGAUGAAACGAUCGUCUCUACACACGAGAAUGGCGAUAUUAUGGUGUGGGAUGCGAGCAACGGAGAGUAUAUCAAUGAGCUGCGCGGUCACAAGGCUUUCAUUACGUGCAUGAGCUUCUCUGCUGACAGGAUGCUGGCGCUUACGACCUGUUCUGACGGCACUGCAAAGCUGUGGUCUACGAAGGAUUGGGAGUGUUUAAAGACAUACACGACAGACAGACCCCUCAAUUCUUGCGCGUUGAGUCCGUUGUUGACGCAUGCGGGGCCAGAGAGGAAGAUGCAUCUCCUUAUGGGGGGUGGUCAAGCGGCAGAGGAUGUCACGACCACUGCAAGCGGGGAAGGCAAGUUUGAAGCCUUGCUCUACCAUGUUGUACGAGGCGAAGAGAUUGCGAGCUGCAAAGGGCACUUCGGCCCUUUGCACACUUUGGCAUGGCGUCCAGAUGGCAGUGGAUACGCCUCGGGGGGCGAAGACGGCUAUGUUCGUCUGUACAGCUUCGACGAGGAGUAUUUUACGGAUGAAAAAUUUCAGUGA